GGGUUUUUUGGCGGGAUUUCAUCGAGUGCGGUUGGCGUCUUAUUUUAAUUAUUCUUAAAUUCGUUCAUAGUGGAUAUUGUGAAAUAAAAUUGGUGUGGUUUUGUGUAACAACCGUCUGCGUAACUGAAGAAUUAGUGGAAUCGUUAAAAUAUACGCUAUUCCGGUCAAGUGGACGUGAGAAUUUUAUUGUAGUGUUGACUACCUCACAGAAGCUUAUCGAAAAAGCCAACUCGAUACAUUUCGUGCCAAACACUCCAAGAAACAUUAGAAUGCAUCACACCGACAUUCUAAUGUAAAAAAAAAGAAGAUUAAUUUAAUUAAAGACUAGGCUGUAUGGGCAUUGUUCCCUUUGCCUUCCCUAAAACGGGAGAACUUCAACAAAAAAAAAAAAAAAAAAAAUUGUGCUUGUGCGUAAACUCGUAUUUUAUUUACUUACGUUGAUUUUAAUAAAGAUAAAGUGUUUUUUUAAAGAUCUUGUGCAUUUAGCCAGUUUAAAAAGAUUUGGGAAUGCAUAAACUCUGUUUUAUUUUUGACUGUUAACAGUUGAAGGAUUUCAUGACAAAAGACCUUGCGAAACAUAAAUCGGACAGUUUUCCAAAUGUAUUGUUUUGAUAGAUAAUGGAUCCAAGAAUGUGUAGGAAAAUCAGCAGUAGUGAAAGUCUUCCAGAUGCCGAUAAUGUGGAAUAUGAAAUAUCCAAUAUCACUGCACCGCAAGAGAGUGAAGAUAAUUUCUUGAUUGAAGGUAGUCCAGAGCCAAAUUCUGUUACUUGGCUCGACGAUGACCAGAUAGACGAGUUAGAUCUUAAUUUAGACCAGACCAACUUAUUUUUUCAUAGAGUCGAUAGCGCCGAUAUAAUAUAUAGAAGUAAAAAGAAAAAAUGUAAAAUGGUAGGGAAGUAUGUUAUGGGAGAUGUAUUAGGUGAGGGCUCAUACGGCAAAGUGAAGGAGAUGUUAGAUUCCGAGUCAUUGUGUAGAAGAGCUGUUAAAAUAUUAAAGAAGAGGAAGCUAAGAAGAAUACCAAAUGGAGAACAAAAUGUACAGAGGGAGAUACAAUUACUUCGAAUACUUAGACAUAAAAAUGUGAUAGAACUAGUCGAUGUUAUGUAUAAUGAUGAAAAACAAAAAAUGUAUCUUGUUAUGGAGUUCUGUGUAGGAGUAUUGCAGGAUAUGUUAGAAUCAAGCCCGGGCAAAAAGUUUCCUCAGAGGCAGGCACAUGACUACUUUACACAGCUGCUGGAUGGCUUGGAGUAUCUUCAUGGACAGGGAGUGGUCCACAAAGACAUUAAGCCUGGAAACUUACUUCUGACACUGGAUCAGACUCUUAAAAUAACAGAUUUUGGUGUAGCAGAGGCAUUAGAUAUGUUUUCUCCUGAAGACACAUGUUACACUGGCCAAGGUUCGCCAGCAUUUCAACCACCAGAAAUUGCUAACGGUGCCGAACAGUUUUCUGGUACAAAAGUGGACAUUUGGAGCAGUGGAGUCACAUUAUACAACAUGACAACGGGUCGGUACCCGUUUGAAGGCGACAACGUUUACCGGUUGUUGGAAGCGAUAGGGCGCGGCGAGCCGGCGCCACCGCCGUCGUCACUGGGGCCCGCGCUUGGCGCGUUGCUUUCGCAUAUGCUGAAGCGAGAUCCUAGCCUGCGGCCCACUGUUCAAGAGAUCAGGAGGCAUGCGUGGGUACAAGCUACUCCUCCGUUGGAAUCGGGCGAGCGUAUGGUGAUGCCGCGAUCGCGUCGCUCGGACGAACUUCACUCCUCAACUGUCAUACCGUAUUUGGUCGAGCGGCACUAUGCCUCCGCUCAGGAGUACUUCACAGAACAUGAUUUGAGGCAUGAUAUGGGUGAAGGCGGCUCACGUACUCUUUCUACUGCGGAAUUAUCAGACGGGGAAUCGACGCGGCAGAAACGUCGUUGGAACUCUUCGUGCGGUCGAUUGCCGUCAUGCCGUCUCACGUGAUGUCAAGCACCAACUAAACCUACCAGGUAAACGAGGACCAUUCGACACAACAAAAAUAAAUGAAAAAAUAAACAUAGAGAAUGGACCCCUUUGGUCCAUGUUCUUAACCGUUUCUCAUAACCAUCUGCGAAAGAAGAAUUUUAUUAAUUUUUUCGUAACUGGUUGUAAUCUUAGAUAAAAACAAAAAGGAAAGAUACGGCACUUGCGGCUCAAGAGUGUACCGCUAAAUUGUGGUGCAUGACCACAAUUCGCUUUAGUCACAAUUAGACAUUUCUGUGUUAUAAAGACAAAACAAUGUCUUUCAUGCUUUUAUAAAGAACACAAAUAGUUCAAGAUUAAAUAACAAAUUUCACGGCAACACUUUUCAUUCGAAAAAUUAUAAAAAAAACUUUAUAAUCUUAUAAAAUGUUAUUUACUUAUUCGCCAUUUGUCAUCAAGAAAAGGACAAUAAUACAGCUCAGCCGUUUGUAAAGAGAGAAAAGAAAACGCAGUCUGCUGCUAAGCGACGCGUACUCCCUGCUACGCUCGCACUGCGUAGAAGCGUACAGUUCUGUCUCGCUCGCUCGAUUGAAUGUUUGUUUACAGAAGUGUGCGUGUGUGAGAAUUGCUUAUGUGGAGAGCAUAUUUUAUUUUAUGCUAGUAUGAGCGUACUGUAUAUUCCCUUUUUUGUUUUAAUCUAAGGUUGUAAUGUUAUAACAAUAUUUUAUCCCUUUUCAUAAUUAUUAUUGGUUUAAUCAGUUCUGAUAUAUAAAUCGAGAAAUACAACUAAAUAAUACAAUUAUGAAUGUUGGUUUUUUAUUUUCUUAAAAGUGGUUAAUAAAUAUCAUUUGUUUCCGUUUUCGAAGUUGUUUUUGUGAUUAAUUAUUUUCAUUUUCUUACCUGGUUAUUAAAUACAUAACUUGUUUUCCAAUUUCUUAGUUAGUUUUUUUAACCAAUUAUAAAAAUUAAGAAAAAAAAACUUAUUUCAUAACCAGUAAAAAAUUGGAUAAAAGUUAUUCGUCGUCAAUAGUUAUGAAAAAUUGUUAAGAACAUUAACCAAUACAACUGCACGUUCCCUAACAAGACGUCAAGUAAACAUGGCAGAAAAGUGAAAGAGAGACAUCCAUAGUUCGUCUACGUAUUGGUUGUUUUUUUGUCUCUUUCUAGAGAGUAAUCAACUUCAUGCGAGUGUGCUUCAGUCCAUUCUCUUAUAUCUAUAAACACACUUACUCUUUGUUAUUCUAGCACUACAUUGGCUUUUCCUUUUUGCUAUUAUUAAACUUUAUAGUAGGGGUGUGUCCCAUACCUACAAUUGCAAUUCUAUUAAUUAAUCUAAAGAAAAAUUUCUUUACAUUUGUACAAGUCUAGCAGAUAAAUGCUUAAAUUAAAAAACGAGCGAGCCUUACAGUAGUUAUGAUGAUGUGUAACUUUUGAAACCACACUUAAAUUAGUAAAAAAAAGAAAUAAAACCUACUACAAAAGGAAUUAGCCAUUUGAACAUUAUAUUCUAAAAUCAAAUCAAAUAGCGCGCGCAUUCGCGACUACAGGUUACAGACUUCCGUCCCAUUUCACGAAAUCACUCCCACAAAUUGCAGGAAAGCGAAUGGAAAGGUUUUACACAUCAAAAAUAUAGAUAUAAUAAUGUUCAAUUUAUUUAAAGUAAGUUUCAUACAUUCAAUUUAGAAAUUGGAAAGUCAGAGCGAAAAGAUGCACUCAGAAUGUAGGUAUAGGUAUAUCCUUUCAUAUUCUGUAGAGAAUGAAAAGGAGGGCUGCUAUGUAGUUUAAAAAUAGCAAAUACUAAAAGCCAUGUAAAUAAAGUAGCAGCAUUUUAUAAGGGGCGCCUCUGGUUACGUCAAAAUUGUUGCAGCCGGAUAUCUACUACUACAAUUUAUCAUUUAUUUAGGGCGGUUUCUAUCUUAACUGUAUUAGAGUUUGGGUCGUGUCCAUAUCAGCGUUGCCAGUUUUUUUUGCCAAGUCGGGAUUUAGCAACUUUUUGAGUGAAAAAAGCGGGAUUCUUUCUUAGAAAGCGGGUCAUAGUAAAAAAAGUUAAUAAUCAAAAGUUUUUCAAUAUUAUCUUUUUAUUUGAGUUCAAAUUACGUUCACGUGACAAUAGAUUUUUGUUGUUUUUUU